GUGGCGUUCACUUGAUACAUUAACUUCAACUCUCUUCCUCUCCCCCAUUUUCUCCCUAAUCUGAUAUGUUGGAUUUUGGAGAAGAGCUCACCUUAGAUAGUUUCAAGAUUCCAUGGCUCAUAUGGAUUCAACUUCUCAUUUUGCUUCUUCUCUUAGCCCUUUUCUUUUUCUCCUCCAUCAUUGCUUUAGAUCCCUCCCACGAUACCGUUCCUUCUUCUGCCUCUUCAACUCAGCAUGAUUUUCAUUCUCAAUCACUCCCCAACACCAACCAUUCCACUGCUGUGGUCAACCGUCUUCACAACACACGGGGGGCAGAGAACGUAAGUGUUAAAGGGGAGAUAGUAUCAAUUGCAAGCACAGGAAUAGUGAGUGAAGAGAUUGCAGAAAGGGAGGGUUCCUCACUUUAUUUCCUCCACCCUUGUUAUUAUUUAAAAUUAGCUAGAGUAGCAUUUCUCAAAUGUUUAGGGCUCGAUUCUUCAUCUGAAUUUGAUAAUCCUUCAUCCCAAAAGCAUAGGAAAACAAAAGAAAGCUGAUUAUCAAAACUAUGUUCUCCUCAUUUAUGACAAAAGGAUAUUAUC